UUCUAUGAACAAAUGCUCCUGUGAUCAGCUUGCCAAAAAAAAAACUUGAGCAAGAGAGAAAACGGAGAAAGUGGAAAUGAAAGCUUAUGGAGCGCAUAUACUAGUAAUUCCAUACCCACUUCAAGGCCACAUAAACCCAAUUCUUCAAUUCUCAAAAAGAUUAGCUUCCCAAGAUUUCAAAGUUACAGUAGUGUUGACCAACUAUUUAGCCAAAUCAAUGAAAAUUCAAGUUGGUCCUUUAAACAUCGAAACAAUAUCUGAUGGUUACGACGAUGUUGGAUGGUCUGCAGCUGAAGAUUAUAUUGAACGCUUUGAAACAAUCGGAUCGAAAACACUAGCUGAUUUGAUUGACAGAAUACAAAACUCAGAUGAUGAUGAUGAUACUCCUCCGGUAAGUUGUGUUGUUUAUGAUUCAUUUGUGCCAUGGGUUUUGAACGUGACCCAAAAACUCAACUUGGUUGGAGCUGUUUUUUUCACUCAACCUCUUGCUGUUACGAGUAUCUAUUAUUACAUAUACCGCGGUCUACUAAAGGUUCCGGUGCCGGACGGAGAGAUGUUCUUGAUACCAGGAUUGCCACUAUUUAACGUACUGGAAUUACCUUCUUUCGUUUCUGACGUAGAAUCUCUCCCCCACUUUUUGAGGCUACUCGUGGACCAGUUUUCCAACAUUGAGAAGGCAGAUUGGGUUCUUUUCAACACCUUCGACGAGUUGGAGCCUGAGGUGUUGAAUUGGAUGGCAAAGUUAUGGCGAGUGAGAACAAUCGGACCAACUAUUCCAUCCAAGUACUUGGACAAACGGAUUGAAGGUGACAAUGAUUAUGGUCUUAAUAUAUUCGACACAAAAAGAGCUGAAUGCAUAGACUGGCUCAAUGCAAAGGAGGACAAUUCAGUAAUCUAUGUCUCCAUGGGUAGCAUGGCAGUAUUGAAACAAGAGCAAAUCGAGGAAGUCGCAGGGGCCUUACUGGGUUGCGACUACAAUUUCUUAUGGGUAGUCAGAAAAACAGAAGAAAACAAGAUUCCCAGCACAUUCCGCAAGGAUAUCUCGACAUCUCCAGGGUCGGAGAAGGGGUUGGUAAUCACAUGGUGCCCACAAUUGGAAGUUUUGUCACACCCCGCUUUGGGUUGUUUUGUGACUCAUUGUGGUUGGAACUCCACGAUGGAAUCCUUAAGUUUAGGCGUACCGAUGAUUGCAUUUCCUCAAUGGUCUGAUCAACCAUCGAAUGCCAAAUGCAUCGAAGAUAUUUGGAAAGUAGGGAUUAGAGUUAAAGUGGAUGAAGAUGGGAUUUUGAGAAAGAAAGAGCUGGAAUUAUGCAUAAAAGAAGCUAUGGAAGGAGAGAAAGGGAAGGAAAUGAAAAAGAACGCAAAGAACUGGAAAGAACUAGCAGUACAAGCAGUAAGUGAAGGUGGAAGUUCUGACAAGAAUGUGGAUGAAUUUUUAGAGGCAAUGAAAAAAGAAAAAGUGAUACAAAAUAAUGGGUGAUUAACCUAUUAAAUUGAACUUGCAUCCAUGCCUCAUUCGAGCAAUUUACUUUUGAAGAAAUAGGUGAGGCGCGAAGCUAAUUCCGAGUGUGGGGGUAAUUCUUUGUUGUGUACUACGUGAUACUUCUGUGUUUCCGAUGUUUUAUGUCCCCUCCCGUUUUUUAUUAGUAAAAGAAUGUGUGUUUAUUUCUAAUUUUUAU